AUGGCCUUAGAGGCAGCAGUGGAAGCAGCAGCAGACUUGUUGGACAAGGCAGUGAAAACAGUUAUGGUGGGUGGGCCUAAACUCCGAGUUGCACAAGCAGCUGAUGCUAGUGGCUAUGCUCUGGCUGUGAUGCCUUCAGCAAAGGGGCUUGUGCCAGAGCACCACCCUCAUUUCAUUGGGACAUACUAG